UUCAGCCAUACCAUUCUGGUCAGAAGAUGUCUGCUCUUGAAACCCUCUUUAAAUACAUUGAUGAACAUCAGGACCUCUACGUUCAGCGGCUGGCGCAGUGGGUGGCCAUCCAGAGCGUGUCAGCAUGGCCGGAGAAGAGGGCUGAGAUCAGACACAUGAUGGAGGUCGCCGCAAAGGAUAUCGAGCGACUGGGAGGCACCACCCAACUUAUGGAUAUUGGGAAACAAAAGCUGCCUGAUGGGUCAGAGAUCCCCCUGCCACCAAUUGUGCUGGGAACCCUUGGCUCAGAUCCACAGAAAAAGACGGUGUGUGUAUAUGGUCACCUGGAUGUUCAGCCAGCAGCGCUGGAGGACGGCUGGGAUAGCGAGCCCUUCACGCUGGUGGAAAGAGACGGAAAGCUGUAUGGGCGAGGAUCAACAGAUGACAAAGGUCCAGUGCUUGCCUGGCUGAAUGCCUUGGAGGCUUAUCAACAAACUAACCAGGAGUUUCCAGUAAAUGUGAAGUUCUGCCUAGAGGGUAUGGAAGAAUCAGGAUCUGAAGGCCUUGAUGAACUGAUUUUUGCUCAGCGAGACACUUUCUUCAAAGAUGUGGAUUAUGUUUGCAUUUCUGACAACUACUGGCUAGGCAAGAAGAAGCCUUGUAUCACCUAUGGCUUGAGGGGUAUCUGCUACUACUUCAUAGAGGUGGAGUGCAGUGACAAAGACCUUCACUCGGGAGUUUAUGGUGGCUCAGUACACGAGGCCAUGACAGAUCUCAUUGCUCUGAUGGGUUCUCUUGUAGACAAGAAAGGGAAAAUCCUGAUCCCAGGCAUUAAUGAAGCAGUGGCGCCUGUUACUGAUGAGGAGCUGGUGCUCUAUGAGAAGAUUGAUUUUGACCUGCAAGAAUAUGGGAAGGAUGUAGGAGCAGCAAAACUAUUGCAUGAUACGAAGAGAGAUAUCCUUAUGCAUAGGUGGAGAUACCCUUCCUUGUCUCUCCAUGGAAUUGAAGGAGCCUUCUCGGCCUCUGGAGCCAAGACUGUGAUUCCUAGGAAAGUGAUUGGCAAGUUCUCAAUCAGGCUUGUGCCAAACAUGACUCCUGAAGAAGUCACAAAGCACGUCGAGGACUACAUCAGCAAAAAGUUUGCAGAGCUGCAGAGCCCCAACAAGUUCAGAGUGUACUUGGGGCACGGCGGGAAACCCUGGGUGUCAGACUUCAACCAUCCCCACUACAUGGCCGGGAGGAGGGCCAUGCAGGCAGUUUUUGGGGUUGAACCAGACCUGACGAGGGAGGGAGGAAGCAUUCCUGUUACCCUGACUUUCCAAGAAGCAACAGGCAAGAAUGUCAUGCUGCUUCCCGUGGGAGCUGCGGAUGAUGGUGCCCACUCUCAAAACGAGAAGCUAAACAGGUACAACUACAUCCAGGGGGUGAAGAUGCUCGGUGCCUACCUCUAUGAAGUCUCCCAGCUGAAGGACUAAGUUGGACACCUUACCUCCUGGCUCACGGAUCAGAAGUCUGGAUUUUCUUAUAAAAUGUCAUCAAUUAGUCUUGCAUGGCUUCCCUUUCCCACUGACACUCCACGGCUCUGGUGGGGGAGAGGGAAGCGUGCCGUUCCACUCGACAAAGACCACUGUAUACCAAAAAUACUUCUUUAAAUGCUUACUCCAGAUGGCACGGACUACUCUUGAUCUGGCCAGCAGUCCUGAACUGUGGCUUUGUCCCCUCUGUAUCCCUCAAAGUUGGGGUUUGCUGUGUUCAGCUGCUUUCCUGUAAAGCAGGGGGUGGUUUGCUCUCAGCUCUUUAAGCAGCCACACGAGUUGCAGAACUGCCAGCCGAGUUUAAGGUUCUUAUUCCUGGGUAUGUCCUGGAAGUAGUCAAAGUGACAGAUGAUGGGGCUGGAUUGGAAUGUGUUCAAGGGGUAGCGAGGCAUCUUACCUUGCAAAGGGAGUGGUGUGGAAGAGCAGUUGGUCUCUCACAGGUUGUACCUGCCUGCAGGUUUUGAUUUACAGUGGGUUAGGUGAGAACAAAAUCCACCGUGGUAAUGACUACUGGCCCUCUUUUUCUAAAGCUGCCUUUGUACUCCCUGAAAAGGACAAUAAAUAAUCAUGCUCUAGA